AUGGAAGUUGAGUAUCAUUGCUGCGAAACAGGGCUCUUCAUUAGGAUCACUAUCGUUGCUGGUCUCGUUUUGUUUGCCGGAUUGAUGUCUGGUCUUACAAUGGGGCUCAUGUCUUUAAGCCUCGUUGAUCUCGAAGUGCUCGCUGAAUCUGGAACACUGACCAAUAGCAAACAUGCCGCAAAGAUACUUCCAGUUGUUAGGAGACAACAUUUGCUCCUCUGCACUUUGCUCAUCUGCAAUGCUGCAGCUAUGGAGGCCCUUCCAAUUUUUCUAGACAGCUUGGUGUCAGCUUGGGGUGCAAUCCUUAUUUCAGUCACCCUCAUACUUAUGUUUGGUGAGAUCGCUCCGCAAGCGGUUUGUACACGGUAUGGAUUGGCGAUUGGUGCAAAAGUUGCUCCAUUUGUUCGAGUCCUCAUUUGGAUUUGUUUCCCAGUUGCAUAUCCAAUAAGCAAGCUAUUAGACCUUCUCCUUGGAGAAGGACACGAGGCUCUUUUCCGCCGUGCUGAGUUGAAGACACUUGUCGAUUUGCACGGCAACGAGGCUGGCAAAGGUGGAGAAUUGACACGUGAUGAGACAACAAUCAUAGCAGGUGCACUUGAGCUAAGUAAGAAAACAGCAAUGGAUGCAAUGACACCUAUAUCAGAAACUUUUGCAAUUAAUAUUAAUGCCAAGUUAAACAGAGAUUUGAUGAAGUUGAUCCUGGAGAAAGGGCAUAGCAGGGUACCUGUUUACCACGAGAGAAUAGAGAACAUAAUUGGGCUUAUUUUGGUGAAGAACUUAUUAACCAUCCAUCCAGCAUCUGAGGUGCCUGUUAAAAACAUCACCAUUCGCAGGAUUUCAAGGGUUCCUGAGUCAAUGCCUUUAUAUGACAUACUAAAUGAGUUUCAAAAAGGUCACAAUCAUAUGGGCGUUGUUGUAAGGCAGAACAACAAAACAGAGCAUGCAACCAGUGAACGGCCAAACAAAGAGGUGAAGGUGGACAUCAAUGGUAAAAAGCAUCAAAAGGGAAAAUGCUUACCGAGCAAGAGAUCAGUCAAGAUAUGGAAAGGCUUAGAAGGAAAUUCAGGGAGAGUGUCGUCCAAAAUCAAGAAAUGGGGAAGGAACUUCCACUCGGAGAUACUGCAAUUCAACAAUGAUUCGCUCCCAGCGACCACUGGAGAAGGGGAAGCUACUGGCAUUAUAACACUGGAAGAUGUCAUUGAAGAGCUUUUGCAAGUAAAUGAUUUCUUCUUUUGUUUUCAUGAAUGGAUAUCUCAAUUAACUUUUUUAUUUUAUUUUUGCACAUGCAGGAGGAGAUCUUUGACGAGACAGAUCAUUGCCAUGAACAUUAAUGAUAUCUCCAUAGAGUGA